CUUCCAUCUCUCGUUUGCUCACCUCGCUGUCCUUCCAAUCUACUGGGUUCUUGCUUUCGGAUCAUUCACAAUGGGUCGCUUCGGUCUUCUCUCCCUCGCCCUUCUUUCCUUCCAGGCGCUCAUCGGCAGUGGCCUCGCCACGGACGCUGCUGAGAAGGCUGAAAAAAUCGCCGAGGAGCUUCCAGAGCUGUCGAUCUCUGCGCAAGCCUCUUUCCCUGCCUCUGAGAUCUUCGGCGUGAAGCUGGUGAACGGCCACCCCACCCAGGCCAUUGUCACCUUCCACAAUGAGGAGCCGGCCCCCGUGACCGUCAACUUCGUCGGCGGUUCGCUCUGGAGCCUGGAAGAGGACUCGAGCAAGAUUGUCCGUAACCUGACUGCCACCCGCUACAGUGUGGAGAUCCCGGCUGGUCAGAAGGAGAGCCUCAGCUACAGCUUCGCCACCGAGAUGCACCCCCAGGACUUGAGACUCAGUAUCGUCUCUGUUGUCUCCGAUGUCGAGGGCAACUUUUACAGCGUUCAGGCCUUCGAUGGCACCGUGAGCGUUGUGGAGCCUGAGACCAGCAUUUUCGACCCCCAGAUUAUUUUCCUCUAUCUCUUCCUUCUUGCCUGCUUUGCCGGUGUUGUCUAUUUCUUCUACACUGUCUGGAUCGCCCCCUACUUCCCCCAGAAGCGUCGUUCCGGAAAGACCAGCGAGUACAGCAAGAAGCCUGCCAGCGGUUCUAAGAAGGGAGAGGCCCCUAGCCCGUCCGUGGAUAGCGCUGCCAGCCCUGUUGUGACGUCUGCUACUACCUACAACGCCGACUGGAUCCCAGCCCACCAUAUCAACCGCCCCGAGGCGAGGAAGGUCAAGGGUGGCGCUCGCUCGAAGGCCCGCGCUGCUUAAUGGGUGUUGGAAGAGUUUAUUGAGAGGGUGUAGAAGCUUCUGCCUUGUCCUUGAUACACUUUUUUUUUUCCAAAGAUAUAGAGGCAUUGCCUGUUGCACGAUUACUGAAAUAGGUAAUCGACAUUGGGGAUUGCCUGCUUUGUCAAUGUAUAACUACGAUUCCUACAUUGCAUGUCAUGUGUGUUUCUCCUAGUAAUAGUAGUACAAAGACUUUUCUACCUAGUCGAAACUUGAGAGAGCCUACUGUCCGUAUUUCCCCCG